AUGGUUGCCGGUCUUCGACUCGCUCUUUCCUCUCCCCGCACCAUCACCUCCGAUAUGAUCUCUCCUCCCCUCAGCCCAGACUUCAACUUCGACUCCGACGUCCUCACAUCUUCAACUCUCCCAGCUCUUGAAUAUAUCUCAGAAAAACUACAGCAAAAAACACUACAUGUCACAUUACUGCUCGGACGCGGCCGACCAACACCAACCGGUCAGCCAGCCGAUCUCAUCGUGAUCCCAGUGACGAAACUGGAUCCGCAAUCAUAUAAAAUAUUCUACAAGAUCGUCGAAAAGGGCGCUAAAAAGUUCUCGCUUGGUCAGGGCUGGACCGAUGCUCUAGACCAAUACUCUCGCCAACAGGCUCAAAACGAAUACCUUAUCGGCCAAUCCAUUCGACAGAACGAGAUCCUCUUCACGCAGGAGGGACUCACAGUCCUCAACGUCGAUCGCAUCUACACGCUGAAGCGACGGCUCUGUGUGCUUACCACUGCUCAGGCAGCUGGAAACUUCAACCACGACGAAAACAAAUGCAUUUCAUCCUGCGUUCACCUGCUACACCAGACUAUUACCAGCUGCCAGGGCCGGCCAUUCAGUUUCGGCUUCUUCAAGCGUGCAUACGAGCACCUUGAUGUGGCUGACGGCCUUCUUAACAAGGUUGCCUCUGAGUACAAGUCUCGUUACGAGCAAGAAGGAAUUAUCCUUAACACACCGAAAUCCUCACCCGCGCUCCCUGCUCUGAAGAAAGAACUGGCUCGCAAAGAGACUGCCCGUAAAGACGCCGUCCGCAAGGAAGCUGCCCGCAAGCUACCGGCUAUCCGCACAUCCGCCAGCAUCACACGAGUCCGCCGCUCAGCCAUGGGACCCCCUUCAGUCCGGAACAGUCAUAUUCAUUAUGGCCAUGGUCACAUCCCCUCUCGUGCUCCCUCACGCGCAGGCACACCUAGACGCGGAGCAAAGACUCCAGUGUCAGCUUCGGAUGUAACUCCCAUUACUCGAAAUGAGUGGAACAUUCUGAUUGGACCUGAUUUCUAUCAGAACAAGCCCACUGUUACGAUGUGGGUUCCCAAUCCUCCUGCUGUGGCGGUGGUGGGUUGA